AUGAAUUUGCAAGUCCUUUGGUGCCUUGGAAAAAUAUGGCAUUAUAAUCUAAUUCGUAUGAGUAAGGACGUCGGUUCAAUCCUCUUUGAUUGUGGCAAUUCUUGUACAGGUUCAUCCCUGUACCCGUAUGUUGAAUGGCUAGAUCCGGUUGUGUCGCUUGCUCCAGGCUCUGUCGUGAGGGUUCCGUUAACUACCACUGUGCCGUUUGUAGUUACAUUGGCACAGCUCUCAACCGUAUCUUUGGAUAUUGUAGGAACAAGAUCUGCGGCCGUCGAUGAAUUUGCUUGCCAAAGCGUGAAAGUGUUCUCGUCAUGGUUUGACCAUGAGAUAGGCUGCGGUCAGAGAGCAACGACCUAA